CCGGUUUUAAAAUAAGGUAGUCAAUUCGCAUAUAAACAUUACCUGAAUCUUUCACACUUUUUCAGCCUCGGAUUCAAUAUGUCUAAAACUCUAUAAAAGAAGAAGGAUUCAUUACUAAAAAAAAGAAAUCAUGGUUACAACAGAAGAUAUUAUUGAAGAGAAGGAGGAGAAAAAGGCUCCAGUCUUCAAAAAUCCAGAAUUCCAGCAUACUGCAUUUCGUAGCAGCAAAAAAAGAGGAUGGAAGAACUUGAAACAGAUUAUAGCUCUGGAAAGGGGCUACACCUGGCCUCAUGAUGCUGUUCACUAUAGCAGCAUUGAUGCCCCUCCUGCCUUUACACCAGGCAAAAAAUAUUCAGAUGUGUCUGGAUUACCUGCCAACUACACUGACCCACUUACAAAGCUGAGAUUUGCAGAUUCUUCAGAAUUUUAUAGGGUCCGUGAUCUUCCAAUGGAUAUUGUUAAUGGUCUGUUAGAGUUAAGAAAAGCUAAUAGUAUAGUUGGAUGAUUGAUGUUUAUUGUAUACAUGUGUUUGGUCAAAAUUACUUAUAGUUUAUUUAAAGUGUUUUUUUUUACUUUGUCAUUUUUAUACAGCUUGAAAAUAAAUAUUAUGUAUUCUUUUACAUAUAUCAAAUAAAUUAGAAUGAAAACUAAA